UAGUGCAAAUUCGAGGUACACUAGGUACACUAGGUAUAGGCUUAGUUGGCUACUCGAGGCGCAUAACCUCGAAUAUUUUCUCACUGAUGGAAUAUUUUUUCAAACUUCACAGUGAUUAAUUAUAAUUGAACGAGUGAUGGAGAGCAGAAAGGAUAUAGUUAGGGUGAAAGAAGAGUCGAAAGACACUUGGCCAGAUGCAGGCGACGACUAUAAUAUCGAUUCAGUAAAAACUUGUGAAGUCAAAAACAUUCAAACAUUCCCGUUCAAUAAAUCAUCAAUUAAUUAUAUAAAUAAGGAUAUGGCGUUACAGAAAAAGUUAACUACAACAAUUUGCAAAUCCGAGUAUGAAAAUAAUCGACCAACUGUAAAAAUCGAAAACGAAAAUCAGAAUAACGUAUAUGAAAAUAUAAUCAUUGAUUUUGAGUGCAAAACUGUUAAACCGGAACUGAAGUCUCUACCGACAACCGUCUGUAAAGCCGAGUAUCAAAGUUGCCAACCAAUUGUGAAAAUAGAAAACGGAAAUCAGGCCACCGAUAUAAAUGAAAGCAUAUCCAUUGAAUUUGCAGUGAAUUGUCGAUUGCAGCCUUUCAAAUGUGAAAUUUGCCACACGUCAUUUGAAUGCAAAAAAAUACUCAACCAACAUAUACAUGCAGAACAUGAUAGGAGCAAACCCUUCGAGUGUAAGAUUUGUCAUAAAUCAUUUGGUCGCAAGGACCGACUCAAAACGCACAAAAAUGUAGUAUAUGGUCGCAACAAACCCUUUGAGUGUGAGAUUUGCCACAAAACUUAUGGAGAAAAGGGUACCCUCAAAGUUCACAUGAAUGCAGUUCAUGCUUGUAUUAAACCCUUCGAAUGUGAAAUUUGUCACAAAUCAUUUGGAUACAAGAGUAAUCUCAAAUGUCACGUGAAUAUAGUACAUAAACGCAUCAAACCUUUCGAGUGUGACAUUUGCCACAAAACUUAUGGAAAAAAAGGUACCCUCAAAGACCACAUAAUUGUAGUACAUAACCGUUGUAAAGCCUUCACAUGUAAAAUUUGUCAAAAAUCAUUUGGACUGAAAGCAAACCUCAAAAUUCACAUAAAUGCAGUACAUGAUCGAAGCAAACCUUUCGAAUGUGAAAUUUGUCACAAAUCAUUUGGUCGCAAUGGUGACCUCAAAUCUCAUAUAAAUGCAAUACAUAAUCGGAGCAAAUCUUUAGAAUGUGACAUUUGUCACAAAUCAUUUGGAUACCGGUAUACAUUAAACAGGCAUAUAAAUGCAGUACAUAAUCGUAGCCAACUUUUUCAAUGUAAUAUUUGUGAAGAGUCGUUUUCACAAAAAGGUCACAUCAAAAUUCACGUGGAUGCCGUGCAUAAUCGAAGAAAACCCUAUGAGUGUGAAAUUUGUCACGAAUCAUUUGGAUACCAUAAUUUACUGAAAAGACAUAUUAAGCGAGUACAUAUAGGUGCAAGCUAAUUUUUCGAAUGGGAAAUUUGUCAUAAAUCAUACACCCGCAAGGAUCAUCUCAAAUUACACGCAGAUGAAGUACAUAAUCAAACCAAACCCUU